CCCGCCCUCCCGCUCGCUGACAGCGAGGCUUCUCCUGGAGGGAAGUGGGUCCGUUGGUCGGUCUGGAACGAAGCUGGCGCUGCCAGGCCCGCGCCUAGCCGUUGCCAUGGCAGCCACCGGCGGGGGCGCGGAUGACGAGUCCCGAUCCGGCCGCUCGAGCUCCGACGGCGAAUGCGCGGUGGCGCCGGAGCCGCUGGCGGAAACCGGAGGCCUGUUCUCCUUCGCGGACCUAGGCGCUGCGCUGGGCGGCGGUGCAGGCCUCCAGGGCCGGGCAGCCGGCAGGGCCCAGUCCCCGCUGCGCUACCUCCAGGUCCUGUGGCAGCAGGACACCGAGCCACGCGAUGAACUGCGCUGCAAGAUCCCCGCCGGACGGCUGAGGCGUGCUGCCAGGCCCCACCGCCGGCUCGGGCCCACGGGCAAGGAGGUGCACGCUCUGAAGAGGCUGAGGGACUCGGCCAAUGCCAAUGAUGUAGAAACAGUGCAGCAGCUGCUGGAAGAUGGCACGGACCCCUGCGCAGCUGACGACAAAGGCCGCACAGCCCUCCAUUUUGCCUCCUGCAAUGGCAACGACCAGAUUGUGCAACUUCUCCUGGACCAUGGGGCUGACCCCAACCAACAGGAUGGUCUGGGCAACACACCAUUGCACCUGGCGGCUUGCACCAACCAUGUGCCUGUCAUCACCACGCUGCUCCGAGGAGGGGCCCGUGUGGACGCCCUGGACAGAGCUGGCCGCACGCCCCUACACCUGGCCAAGUCGAAGCUGAACAUUCUACAGGAGGGCCAUUCCCAGUGCCUGGAGGCUGUCCGGCUGGAGGUGAAGCAGAUCAUCCACAUGCUACGGGAGUACCUGGAGCGCCUGGGGCGCCAUGAGCAGCGGGAACGGCUGGAUGACCUCUGUACCCGCCUCCAGAUGACAAGUACCAAAGAGCAGGUGGAUGAAGUGACAGACCUCUUGGCCAGCUUCACCUCCCUCAGCCUGCAGAUGCAGGGCAUGGAGAAGAGGUAGCAAGGACGGCUCCUUGCUUUGCACCACCUCCUGCCCUCCGCUCUCGGUACAGGGAAAGCCCAGGGGACUCCGGAGUUCCACCUAGCUCUUGCCCUUAGAUGCUGAGGGCAGAGCUGCUCCCAGACAGUCGGCAUCAUCUCUAUGGGCCAGGACCACAGCCCCAGCUCCUGCUGCACAUUGCCAGCCUCUGUAGCCAGCCUCCAGGCCUACAUGUGCUGUCCUAGCAGACAUCACUCCUCCUGUGGCCUCCCUAUGUUCUCAGCAAGCCCCAGGGCCCCAUUUCUUCCCAGCCAUGGACUUAUUAUCAUCUGGCUUAGGGUAGGUACUCUGAGGCCACCCUGGCUGCUAUGGAUAUCUAAGAUGGCCCUGCCCCCUACACCAGCACUUAAGUUUAGCCCUGCACCUGACUUUCAAGGACACACUGCAGUGCAUGGGUGUCUCUGAGCAGAAGAGGGGCAUUGCUGAUGCCUAGGCCUUCAUAAGACUAGGAAGGACCCUUUUUAGCCCAAAGAAAGAUCUCCAACUCCUUGCCUCCCAGUCACUGAAACACUAGGGAUGGGAUCUGUUUUGCAGCCAAGUUGUGAGAGGGAGAUAGUGGUUCAUGUGCCCAGGUCCUCAUCCCAGGAGCCUCGAGGCCUCAGAUGGUGUGACAAGAGCCUGCACAGAUAUAACUAGAGGUCUUAGAGGAUCCUGGAUCAUCUAGGUGGGCAGGGUAGCACCCCAGGGAGCCCUGUGGGAGGGAGGCAGGAGGUGAUUGCUGCCGUGUGGAUGUGAGAAGUAGAGGAAGAAGCUGGAGAAGGACAGUGAACCAUUGCCCUCUGACCUCCCAGCAGGGACUGGCUCUGCUGGCACUGGACUUGAGCUCAGUGGGACACAUGUUGGUGUCUAGCCUCCAGAACUGUGAGAAUAAAUCUGCUGUUUCAGCUGUU